AUGGCGCAUUACGACGGUCGAACCCCCGCCUACGUCCCGGACUCGUAUCCUCCCCCGGGCGCCUACCAGCCCGCUGCGUAUUACCAGCCCCAGUACUCGCCCCCUCGACCUCGCCGGCAGCACUUCUUCCUCGUUUCCAUCGUGCGGCCCUGGGCCAUUGUGGUGUCGUUCAUAAUAGUCGUCAUGAAUAUUUGGUGGUUCUCUACGGGCAGAAUCUGUGGUUACUCGGCGUCUGUAACGGACAAGUGCUAUUGGGUCUUGUGGAAUAGCCUGCCUCUUGCCAUUGCGUCUAUGGCAUGGAAUCUCGCAACCACACUCUCCCACCGUCGCGUUGUGAGCUUUCGAUCCGGCAUUCCUCUGCACACCCAGCUACCCAUCCAGUUCUUCCUGGCUGCAGGGGCUGCAGUCAGUCUCGGCCUCCUGAGUUGGUCUUUUACUCAACCAUCUAAAGAUGUGUGGUCGUGGAACGUAGCUUCUCAUGGGGGCAUGAUCGCUCUGGUUGCUAUUGUUACGUUGGUCAACUGGUUACUAGUUGGGUUUAUCGCUUACGAGGGGUGGCUUGAUUCGAGACACCAGGAACAAACCGAGUCUUAUGCGCUAUGA